AGAGAGAAAGAAAACGAGUACAUAGAUAGGGCGAAAGUACGUACGUCAUUACUAAAGGAGGAUUUCUGGUUUUUCGAGACUCGAGUUGUCGGACUAAGUUGUUAGACUCGAAGUUUACUUUGAUAGAUGCUGGGGUUGUGUGGUUACUUAGUAGCAAUAUUCGGGCCCGCUUUCCGUUUAGGUGAGCGAUGCUGUGGUCACUGAGGGAGGAGAUUUCGCGGAGUAAGUACUAUAGUCGCAGAGAUGACUUAAAUGGGUUAGGUGGUUGCUGUCAGGUGUCGAUCAUGAGCGGUUUAUCUGGUUGGUUAUCGUAUGUUCCUUAUGGAUGUUCGGUCAGCACCUUACUUUGGUUUUGGUUUGUGGGAUUGUUUACUUUUUGUACAUUUCGGUGCCCAACAAGGGAUAAUGUCUUGUGUAUAUUAUGCUGUCUAGCUACGAUGUCCUUGAUUCUUUGCGCAUGGAUUUUUACUUUUUCUUAUCAUCUUUUUGGGCUGGAGAAGUUGUAGCGGGAGACGGUGGUAGGGAUGCAAAAGGUACAUGCACUAUCGUAGUACCGGACACCUAUGCUAGACCAUUAAAUAUCCGG